AUGCGCCCCAUCAUCUCCUAUGACGAUAUUACUCCCCCCCCCGCGAAGAAAAGAAAGACCGCACCGAACUAUCGCCAAGGCCAGGGCCAGUAUGGCGGGAGGCAAGGUCCUCCUCAUCAGGCCGUGCAGCAUUGGGACGACCCGGGUAUUCAAGGGCCACAGAUGCCGUAUGAGGAUGCCCCCUUGAUUACCACCACAAUGCAGAAGGAAGAAGAGGACGAAGAGGACGAAAGCCGUGAGCUUACGCACGGGGAGAUUUGGGACGACUCUGCGCUCAUCGACGCGUGGAACAGCGCUGCGGCCGAGUACGAGGCGUACCACGGUCCAGGGAAGAAGUGGAAGAACGAGCCGGUGAAGAAGUCCCCGCUGUGGUACAACAUUCCCCCAGACCUUCCCCCAACGUCCAAAACAAGUUCGGCGGGAGUCUCGACUUCCACCCCCCAAAACGGCGGUGAAGGAGAAGACUCUGCACCGCUCAACUUCGAUACAUUCGUGCCAACGCACGACCCCUCCUUGGCCACGGCGAUGGCACCGGCCGCGGGCAUGGACGGAAACCCCCUUGGGACUGGAUCAGAGACUGCCAUGGUAAGCCAAGACGAGGCCUUCUCCCGCGCGAUGGCGGCGAUGUACUGGAGCGGGUACUGGACUGCGGUCUACCAUUCUCGGAGGAACGAAACCCGGCAGGCGAACGGAUCCAUCGAGCAAGACGAUGGCGCAUUCGGUGAGGACGAAGACGGUCAGGGAGCGGAGGACGAGGAGGACGAGGAGAUGUUGCCUGCACAGCGGUGA